CAUUCGCCGGUAGCCAGUGCGGCAAUAACCGAAGAUCGAGAGUAGAGUAGACCGAGUAACGUCAGUUGCUGUUGGUCGCCGAUCUCGCUAAGUCGCCAGUCUGUAUACCGACAGGCUUGGGGAAGGCAACACCCUGACAAACAGACAGGGAGAGAGAGAGAAAGACUGUUUUCUCUUUGGCAGAAAUUGGUGCUUUACCACGCUGACCACAUCGUGAAUCACAUUUCACCGGUGAUGAUGUAAAAGUGUUCGCUGGUUUACUUAUUACUUAGUUGUUUACGGCAGGUGAGAGACUUGAAAUCGCGUAGACUGUCAGAUCUUUCACAUGGACCCCCAGUUCCUUGAAAACAUUUUGAUUUCUUCGCGUUCCCGGUGAACGUUAGUGUUUACAGCGAUAUCUGAAAAAGAUGCCCAUGUUUAGCAUACUGAGAAAAGAUGGCAAGGUCCUUUUUGUUUAAAAGUCGCACCGUUGCUUAACGGUUACUCAAGUGUUGCAGUUCGUUUCUCAGCCAGUAGAAAAAUGUAAAUUGCAUGAGACCAUUUCAUUUCACCGGGGCUUAUUCAGUGUGUAUCGUUGUUAUACAAUCAAAGCAACUGCGCCAGUGGAACCUUCAGGUGCAAUAGUAAACUCAAAUAAGCAGAGAAAGCUCAUUACCAAGUACACAAAGGCAAUUAACAGUGAGAGAAAAGGAAUAGAAAUUCUGAGUCAACGGUAGUGACUUGCAGAAUAGUUGCGGCAAGGAAUACAUUGUCAUGCCUUAAAAAGUGAAAAGCCUUGGUUCUGAUAACAGGAAAGGCUUUCAAAUCCUUCGGAUAGAAAAGGUAUUCAGUGUUUAUAUUUCGUGAAGGAAAUGUGGGCUUGAACUCCCCGAGAAUUUGAAGGACUUAUAAGAAGCUUCGGACUACAAUUUUUUUCGGCGUCUCUUAAAAAGCCAAUUCUUCAUGCCCGAGUCAAUUAGUCGGAGAGAACGUCCCUGUGUGCCCCAGGGAGUCGGUUGGUGGCGACUUAGGUCACUUUCGCCUCAAUGUCUAGCUGCUCUCGUCAUGGGCUUCUUCUUAGGCCUAACCAUCGCCCUGCUGCACUCGGCUGCCCUCUAUAUGCCAAAUACCACGCAAAAUUCUUCGCCAGGGAUAUCUGCAAGAUGGAUGAACGAGCCGUGGGAAAAAGAAGUAUCCAGUCCAGAUGACUUGAUGCAGAUUGUCGGUACCAGAGAGAUGGGCGGUCGGCCCACAAAGUCAGCCGGGAAAACGAAAGAGCAGCAACAACACUCUCAGCGUCUGCAAAAGCGUUCGAAAACCUGUUUUGGCAACAUUGCCAAUCGCCUCUUCCACGAGGUACGCGUCCUGUGUCUCGUUGUGACAUACCCCGCCCACCAUGUCUCCUACGCCCUUCACGUCUACCGCACCUGGGGGAAGAGGUGCACCAAGAUUCUCUUCGUCACCAACCAUGUGGAGGAGGAGGAUUACGACGAAGAUGGGUUCCCCAGGAGACAGAGGGAAGACGAUGAACUCCCACUGCUGACGGUACCGCACGCGUCCACUCGGCGGGACGGACUUUGGAACAAAACUAGGGACGCCUUUCGCCACGCCUACCUCCACUAUCUGGACGACUUCGACUGGUUCGUGAAAGCGGACGACGACACCUACCUCAUCAUGGAGAACCUUCGCUACUGGCUGCAUGACAAGGACCCCGAAGACCCGCUCUACUACGGAUGCCACUUUAAUGCCAUCGUUCCGCAGGGCUACAUGAGCGGAGGCGCUGGCUACAUCCUCAGCAGAGGGGCUUUGAGGGCCUUCGUCGAGGCCGGCAUGAAGAAUAAGACCUUGGCCUAUUCCCAAGGAGCUGAGGACGUUCAGAUGGGAUAUUUCAUGGCGGCCGCCGGCGUCCGCCCAGGGGACUCGAGAGACGAAAACGGGCGUCCGCGGUUCUUCCCCUUCAUUCCGGCGGACGUCGUGGUGCCCAAAGGCAAGAAUCUCUCCUACUGGUACUGGGAGAAUCUCGUCUAUGAUCACGAACAGGGUCUGUCGUGUUGCAGUGACACCACCAUCUCAUUCCACUACGUCAGAAAAGGCCUACUGUACACCCUCGAAUUCUUGAUAUAUCAUUUAAAAGCCUACGGUCUAGAUAUGCCUGUUAAAGACUGCUGACAUAUGUGGAACCUUAGUUAUAACGUUAUUCAAUACAAAUAUUUAAACAUUAUUUUUGUGUAUUAGAUCUUACCUGUUGGAUAUCACUCAUUCAUUGUUAACUCUUUGAUGGCUACAUAUCUUAGCAAAAUGCAUAUAUUACAAUACUAGCUGUUGUGGAAAAAUAAUGAAAACUAUAUUUAAGGCGUGAU